CUCUCUCUCUCUCUCUCCCUCCUCGCUCUGCCUCUCUUGUAGCCAGAGUAGCUCGCUGAAACCGAUCCUCCGCAGUGCCUGGGACAGAUUGAGUGAAAGAAAGAGGAGAGUGAGGGAUUUAGAGGAUGGGUAGGGGGGCUUGAGGGAGAAUACAAAGGAGAGAGAGAGAGUAAGAGAGCGAGAGAGGGAGUGUGAGGGAGAGAGCAAAACCCAGCGAGCCUCCUGCUGUGAGCUUUCUUGGCUACUGACGUGUGCGCACGACUCUCGUGGCAGGGUGAGUAAUUUCCCAUUUUAAUAACUAUUGUUUGUUUCUUGGCUUUUACUGCACCAAUGACGCCUUUCCAACCUGAGUCAGUCAUUUAUAAGUGUUAGGAGAAUGUGUGUGUUGGUGUGUGUGUAUGUGUGUGUGUGUGAAGACAGCUUAUGAAAAAAGCAGCAUUCACAAUAACGUGUCUUCUCAGGUCGUGUUAGCGUAAAGACCGCCGCUCCGUCUCCGUCCAACAUCUUCAUUAGCAUGUUACCUGACAGCAGAAGUCUUCGUUUUCUCCAAAAUAAUCAACGCAUUUGUGUUUCGUAUGAGUCGCUCACAUGUUCCCUUCUCUGUUUAUCAUCUCCAAACUCCGCGUGCGAGUGUGUGUGACAGUAAAAGGGGGGCUUCCACACAACCCAAUGCGCACAUCACCGCCUCAGUCAGUCAGUCAGUCAGUCAGUCAGCCCCGUGAGGGUGAGGGAGGAUGCAGUUUCACAUACAUGUAGUUUACUGAAAAAUCUGAAUGUCUGUGUAUCAGCUCGGCCCUGUGAAAAACCCGUUGGAGUUGUGUCUGCGCAGCUAAAAUGCGCUCAGAAAUCACGAGCAAACCCACCCAUUGAGUCAUGAUAUUCACGUUAGUCGUUAUGAAGUCAUUUAUUUCCAACUGAGUGACUCCUCUGUCCUCUCAGGCUCGGUUUUGGAGGUGCUGCACUGUUGAGGUUGAGUAGUUUAGCACAGCUGUGGGUAUACACACGUCCUGCUCGUCCAUGUUGGGGACUCUUCACUUUUUGGGCCAAGGUCUUUCCCUACAUACCAUCCUACUUCUUUUCCUACCUUCCUUCCUUCCUUCAUUCCACUUUCUUUCUCGCCUGUGUAGCCCAGAGGAGAUGUCAGCCUCUAGAUUGUGACAGAUUACACGGAAUUAAACCUUUUGUCCCCCUUGUGGCUCCUAUCUAACCCGUCCGAUUGGCUCAUUAUUUUCUGGGUGAGGGAGCUGAGGGGCCUGUCUCAGAGCACUAAAUUGGGAUUGUUAUCACCAUCUAUCAGGCAAACUGAUUUCUACUCGCUUAAUCUCAAUCCUGAGUCCCUUCCUGAAAUGGCAACAGCUCUUUGGAGGACUUCUUUAGCACAAAGAGUUGCAUUUGUUACACUCACUUGAGUCCAACAUCAUUUUUUAACCAGCAGCGUGUUUUACAUCUCUGUUCCUGUGUUUCCUGCUUGAUGGGCAGCUUCUGAGCGAGAUGAGGGUGCUGUCCGUGGUGCUGAACAAGUCUGCAAGAGCCACUCAACCACAUCCACUCAUUUCUGCUGCGCUGCUACUCCAUUUGAUUCACACUCUUUCCUGAUAUCUCCAGCAGCUUCUCCAGCUACUGUGAGGUGCGACUGUUCAUCUCCUCUCCUCUCCUCCUCCCUGCUCCCUCCUUAUCUUCGUAUCCUCCCUCCACUCCGCGCCCUCAGUCAUUUCGCUGAGUUGUUUUUGAUUUUUCUGAGACUCCUUCAAACUCACUCAAUCAGACGGUAUCAAACUCUUAUCCACCAACAGCCCAGAAGUGUCAGCAGCAGCAGUAGAAAUGGCCACUUCUGGGCUGGUCACAACCUCUGAUUAGACAAGAAAAAAGAAUGGAAAUUGAAAACCGAGCAGCCACAGGCUGAAUACAAAUUUCCAGUUGCUUCCUAGUGUGUCUGAAUUUGGUGCCAGAUUGUAUCCGUCUAUCUCACCCAUAGUCUGUGUGUUUCUUCAGCCUUAACAUGACCCAACUUUUCACUUGUAAAAGGAUUUUUUUCUGACUUGUAACCCUCUGACUCCAACCAGAUGCUCUCUUAGUAACACACCUCUCUCUGAACUCUUAUUCACUCCGGCUUCCUCACAGAAACUUGUGGUCGUGUUUUGUGCAGAAGCAGAUUAGAAGAGGCCGAGCUAAAUCUCAAUAUCUUAUCCCUUUAUCCUGAAUAUGUGUUAAACUACAGAUCUGACUGUGAGGAUAAUGAUACUCAGAUUAUCAUAAUGCAAAAUUCAAAACUUCUCAUGUUUGAGGCUUUUUUUUCCCCUCAUAAACGACUAAUAUAUGACCAGCUUGGAAUUAAGAAGUCUGAUGAUGCCUUUCACCCUAAUUCGGUAAGAAACGAACAGAGAAGCAAAGCCCAAAAGUUGAGUGUUGGUUACAUUAGAACAAAAUGCCUGGAGAUCCUGAAUAUUCAGAGAAUAAUGAAACGAGAACCAGCACAGUGUCUGGUUACUUAACAAUGACAACCAGCAGGCCACAAGUAUGCAGAUAGCAGUGCUGCACACAGUGGCAUGCAGAGGUAACAUGCUCAAGCACACACAUACACACACCUUUCCAACCUUGCAGCAGCUGUGUUACAUCAGCAGAAGAACAUGCCCGAUUUCACUCGUGUCAGCGACUGUAAGGAGGAGGCGGUGAAGCCUGAGUAGUAAUAUGAUCACUGCAACCGGACAAGCAAGAUAAAAAAAAAUUCUUCCACUGCAACAAAUAGCACCGACUAUGGGUCAGACUUCAGAGUAAAGGCGUACUCUCUCUUGUCCUCAGUGCAGGCUGUUGGCAGCACAGUCUGGAUGUGUUAAUGGUGGAAAAGUUGAAUUGCUGCUCGCUUUGACAAACGUUGUAGUUUUGAAUGAUGGAGGAUUGACUUUCAGUGUGUUUGUUGCAAAGAUAGCACAUUGCUUCAUUUUCAUAACUGGGCCUCUCUGACAGUUUUUAUGUCCUCACAUUUCUUGAAAGUGGAUUUGACGUAGUUUAAAGAGCUGCGUACGCUGAUAUAUAAGGAGUUUGUCACCUGUGGACCUGGCCCCUUCUAAAAUAAUGGAGAAUGGUCCUUCUGUCCUUAAUUCAAGAAGGACCAGGAUUACAAAAGAUGCAUAAGCUGUGGUUCGAAAGUGAGAGUUAGAGUGAAAGUGAGCAGAGGCUGAGUGUGUUUGAGUAUAAAUAAUAAAAAUUAGUACAGAGGAGAUCUGUCUUACAUGGACACAAACAAAACACCCAAACAGCAGAUGAAAAAGUAAAGGUUAUUAUGUUGCAGAGGAGGUGUAGUGAACUUCUAACGCAGCGUCUAGGGUAAAGGAAGCAGAGAGGAAAAUCCAUAAAGAUGGCACAGAGCUGCACAAAACAUGACUUUUGCAUUAGUUUCUAAGGUCAGGAUCAUCUAAAUAUAACUACUGACUACAUUCGACACACAUUUUGUAAUGAUUUACAUGACACUACAUGACAAUCAGAAUUACGAACAAGACAUUUCUUUCUUGCUACAAAUAUUAGUAUACCAGUUAUUUGAUGCAAGACGUCUUAACAAACUGGUGAAAAAGGCUGGCUCUGUGGUUGAACUCAAGCUGGACUCAGUGGAGGAUGUGGUGGAGAGAUCUACACUGAAGAAGGUGGAGAGUAUUCUCAAGAACAUGGAUCACCCACUUCAUAACACCUUGAUGGACCAAAGGGCCAAUGGUGGUGGACGGCUCCUCUCUCUUUGCUGCAGGACAGAAAGAUUCAGAAGAUCUUUUGUACCAACAGCCAUCAGGCUUUGUAACUCUUGUGUAAAUAGUAGAUAACUUUUAGAGACAUAUUAUGUGAGACAACAGAUGAUUGAAUUUCCCUUUCGGGGAUUAAUAAAGUUCGUCUCAUUCUUAUUCUUAUUUAAAUUCAUGUUCAUAGAUGUCUUUUAUUUUGGUGAGUUUAGGUUGCAGCUGCUGCAGACCAUCUUAACUUGAUGUAAUGCACAGUAAACUGCAUAAACACCAAACAGCUCUGCAUUUUAUCAACCCUUUGUUGGUUUGGUCCAAGUUACGCAAAAGCUGGUUCCUAAACAAUCACACAAACGUAUGCAUAGAGAACUAACUGUAGCAUGCAGUCAGCACGCUCAAAUGAUUCGCAACGGAGUCUUUCCCAGUCAACCAGAACUAAGUCCUAAGAAAGACCACGUGUGAGUCACACAGGACCCCUUCACCCAGUCCCAAUCAAACGCAUGUGUGUGCGUUUUGUGUGUGUAUGUGCGAUUAUGAUCCCUGUCUUAGUUCAGUUGAAGUCUCGCUGCUCGUUAUGAAAUCAUCAUUUAUUGCUCCUCUCUAACCUUUCAGAGGAUUGGUUGCUACUGGAUGUGUCACUCACGUCUCUUAGCGGUGUGUUGCCGCAGAUCACGUUUCUAUCUGUAUUUCCCCGUUUCUCUGACCUCCCUCUGUGACCCCUUCCAAUUUUACCCACACCUCUUUCUCUGCAGUUUCUCACGUGUUAUUCCUCUUCUCUUUUUACCCCUCACUUCCUCCGUCCCUCGCGCUCUGCCCUCCAGAUGAGUUCGUGCAGCAGCCGUGCGUUGACCAUCCUGUCCACGGUGUUUGGAGCCUGUGGGCUGCUGCUGGUAGGGGUGGCCGUGUCCACAGACUACUGGCUGAUUAUGGUGGAGGGCAUCAUCCUGCAACAGAACCAGAGCAUGGAGGUGAAGAUGGCGCUGCACUCUGGUCUCUGGAGAGUUUGCUUCGUGGCUGGUAGGAAAACUCAACAACUUGUGAAUAUUUUAAGCAAAAGGGGAUCCUCAAAGUUUAACUGCACACACAUACAAACAGUUCUGCUGUUUUGUGAGUGUUUUUGUGCUCAAAUUCACACACAAACACAAUAAAGCAGCCAGGUGAAAGAGCAGUGAGGAGAGGAAAGAGAGAAAGCAGGAAUCCUAGCUGUCAUAAAACAUGACUGUUACCUGUGAGCAGGACCACACAGAUCCUCUUCCUCUCUCUCUCUCUCUUUUGUAUGUUUUGUUUCUUCAUGCACCACUGAGUCUGAUCCUGCAGCAAAGCCCAACAGUUCAUCCUUAUCUGUCUAUGCGUGUGUGUUUGUCUUCACAGGAUCAGAAAACGGGAGAUGUGUUGCGUCAGAGUACUUCACUGAACCCGAAAUAGAGAUCACCACGGAAAACACUGCAAACAUCCUCAGUGAGUAAAACAUGUUACAGCACAUCAACUCUUGUGUGAGAGCCUGCAGCUCAGAGGACCUGCACGGUCCCCCUGCUGACGAACUCUGGGAACUGUAGUCUGAACAAGAUACUGAGCUGCAAAUACUACUCUUAAGAUACCUGCAACUCUUUUGUUAUCAAGUCAUGUUUUCAAGGAAAAGUGCAAAAAUGAUGCCAUAGUCUCUUGACUGUGAGGAUUUCAUGUUUUUGAUCUUUUUGUUUAACUGUGUUUCAAACGUACAUUGAUUUUGCACUUUGAUUUCUGAGGUUUUAUUGUCCAUUAUUAUUAAUGUGACAGAUAAUGUCGAUAGUUCCCUUGAAGAAUCACAUGAACUGUGUUUAAGUGAGGUACAAACUCUGGACUUUGCCCAUUAAAGUUCUGUUUCUGAGUAAAUGAGCUGGAGAAUUUCAAUAACGAGGUUCAUUUUGAGCUAAAAAUGUUUAAAAAGAGAUAAAAAUGAUUUAAUUAACCAGUAAUUUAUUUAGUUCCAACUUAAAUUGAGGAACGGGAAAAAUCCUCUUCAGAGUUUCAUUGUUACAUUUGAAGUUUCUUUACUGAUUAUAAUUAUAGUACUUUAUUGCGACCCAAAGGUCUGUAUGAGCUUAGCAAUAAAGCGUAUAAAUUAGAAAACAUAAAUACAUAAGUCUCUCGUCUGCAUCAUCUAUAUCUUAUCAUAAAUAUUACUAGCAGCAUACAUACUUUUAGUCAAGUUUUCAUCAUAUCUUCUUCAUACUUUUGUCCUUGUGUUUGCACUUCAGGAAACUUAUAAAAUAAUCAUUAAAAAUACAGACCUUGUUUCUCUGCGAGUGUACAGGUUUACAGCCAUGUUGCUUUCCAUUGCAUCAUAUAAGCUGAUUGAAAUGGAGUUAAAAAGUAACAAGAUGCUCCAUCGAAUAUGGCAAAUCAUGUUGAAAUGUGUCCAAAUAUUGGGAAAGCAGACCAUGACAGGAGGUGGAUGCUGCAGAAAAAUUCAAAUUACAGAGUCUUGUCUUCACAUGAGGCAUUAAAGGGGCACAGUCAGACAUCACUGAAUGAUCAAUCUCCAUCAUUUUUGUGUGACACUCUGACCUCCCCCUCUUCACAGAGAUGGUGCGGACGGCCACACCCUUCCCCAUGGUGUCACUCCUUUUUGUCUUCACCGCCUUCGUCAUCAGUAAUAUCGGACACAUCCGGCCGCAGCGCACCAUCCUGGCCUUUGUUUCCGGGAUCUUCUUCAUCCUCUCAGGUAGGGGUCAUUAGUCAUGUCUUGCUGUCACUCUGUGAUUGAUUACAGUGUCCUGAUGUGUCCUGUGUCACAUGUAGAGUCACUCCAUCAUAGCGCUAUUUUUAGUGUUUGACUCUAAAGUCAGGAAGGCGUUAAGCUGAGGUAUCAAGGUUGUAAUGAGCGAGUUUUCUGACCUUUGAUUUUGCGUUUCUUCCUUCAAACCUGAACAUUGUUUAUUACUCUUACGUGUAUUUAAUUGUACAAAAAACUCAGGCGAUAAACUCUACAGACCUCCAGGCAGGUUUCCAGCGUGUUUUCCUUCACUGAUGCAGUUAACCUCCUUGAACAGCAGGUGGCUGUAAAGCUCCCGUUUCUGCCCUCAUUGCUGACUGUGGAGAGCCAAGCCCGAGCUCCUUUUCUCUGAAGGCGUUUUCACAGACAAGUUUUGAGAGGGAAGCAGCGCUGCAGAGCUCAAAGGAAACAUCAAACAGACUCUGCUGCGACGGCUCUGACUUGAUGUGGCGGGGACCUGCCAAUAAAGGGUGUAGCAGUAUAAUAAGUGUUACGUAAUACGAGGGGUGGGGGUUAUGUAAUGUUUGUGGCCGGUGCUGAAAUUGUUGCAGUGUUUCACUUUAUGAGGUAUUUUGAUAAUAGGGUGAUAACAAGAGGCAAGGGUAUCAAAUUGCUUUUCUGCGGUUGUAUAUUCUGCUGCGCUAAGCCCCUCUCUCGCUCCAAACGCUGUUUCACACACGCCCUCUCCCCAUAACUCCCCUCUGUCUGUUUUCUCUUACUCCCCCCUCUUUAUAGCCAUCCUCCAAAUUUACUAACUUGCUCCUGUAUAUAGAUUCUCUCUCACUUAUCUGUGAAUCUUUUUGGGUGAUUUUUGGACCACUCUGGUAUUACUGAAACUGUGAUUUUUUGAUUCGGUAGCUUAAGUCGCUCAUGUUACGGUUAAUAUUACAAAGUUCAAAGAAACAGCUAAUAUUUAUGCACUUUGAGGUGCACCACAUCCCCUUUUUUCCUCGUUUGGCACACUGCACAUUUUCUCUUCCUCCUCUCUUCUUCAUGUGCACGUGUGCUUCUCCUUUUUACUAAUUAAACAAAGAUGUACCUCCACUCUAUGACUGACAGCAGCAUGGUUUCUGCAUCAUGUGUGCUUAUCAAUUUUAAAAUCAACAUCAUGGCUCUGUGGUGCACUUGAAUGUUGCAGAGGAAGCUAAAAAUAACCAUAGAUGCUGCUUAAGGCAUGCUGCAUUGCUUGAAUAUUGAUUUUUCGAUGUUGGCCAUAUGUUGAGGUCAUGCAUUUAACAUUUCCAAGCAGCACUAAAACAUGUGCAUGUACUUAGAAGAGGGAGGUUUUAAUGUCGUUUGUGUAAAAAAGAGGUUUUCUUUUGGUGACUUUCACAAUAACAAUGUUAUUGCGAUAUUUAGGGGUGUCCCGAUACGAUACUGAUAUUGGAUAUCAGGAUAUUAUAUCAGCCUACAUCUAAAAUCUCCAAUAUCAGAACUCCAAUACAAGCAGUCCAUUCCAGACUCUGCUCCGGCACCUCUAUCUAGUAGCGCCCUGAUCCAGCAUGCAGAGCCCACAAACUCACAACAACAGUGUGUACUAAGGUACUAAGAUAUGGUAUGGCAGUAUUUUUUGUUUAAGUCCGAAAAAGACAUUGCAGCUGAGUGAAAUACUUAUGCACAAUUUUGUGCCAAAAUCAGUUCAAUAUCGGUACGGUCAAUAUUGAAGGCUACAAUAUCGGUAUCGUAUCAGAAGUCAAAAAGUUGUAUCGGGAGACCUCCUUGUGAUAUUCAUAGAGAAGUUUUAAAAAAAACACAACACUAUCAGUCAAACUGAGGACCGGCACUCAACCAAAAACUCAAUUAUGUUAGUACAUGUCAUCAUGUGAUUUUUCUUUAAUGAAGAACCAGAGUACAUGAACAAGCUUGUUUGGUUAAUGGAAAGAAGAAGGUGACAAGUACAUGUCAGUCAGUCAGCUCAUACUGUACCACUGUAUCAAUGCAGCAGCAUCUAAGCUCCAGACCUCAUCACUCCUGGCUUUUUAACCUAACAUGUAGGGAUUAAAGAGUGAUGAGAUAAAUAAAAUAUCUUAAACCCCUGGAGCUGAAGUUUGCAAUUAGAUGCAGAGCAGAGCCAGAGACCAGAUAUCUUUCUGCUUGUAUAUUCAGUCUUCUGUAACUGGGAGUAUAAGUUUGUCAGGUGGUUGUGAUAAUGCCACACACGACAGAUGUGGAGUUGGUGCAGCUUGAGUUGCAAGAACUAGCUAAUAGGAGUCACUCCAUUGAAGCUUUAAGUGUAUCUGCAGCCCUGUCAUCUACAAAGUACCCAGACUUCAAAGUCCUCUGGGGUGAACAUUUUUAUCUUCUGUGCACAAGUUAAUAUCUUCUUAGCAUAAGUGUUAAUCUUGAGCACACAAGUCAAUAACUUGUGCCCUCAAAUUAAUAACUCUGCCCCACAAGUUAAAUAUCUUAUGCACACAAGGGAACAAGUCAACUCGUGUGCUAAACUUUGUUCACUUGUUCGCGUAGCUGACUGAUCUAGCUGUUUGUACUCUUUCUACCCUUUGCAAAUGCAGCAGUGGUGACAAUCACACUUGCCAUUAUUUGCCUUUUUUCCAUUAUGUCAAUCCCUUUUUUGUAUUCCUCCUAGUAAGUAAUUUCUUGCUCCCACAGCACACAUAGAGGUUGUAGUUUUAGUCAAUGAUUCAUCAAGCCAGUGGUUACUUAAAGCAUGGGACAGGAUGAGAAGUGUUGACGUUGAAUUAACUUAGCAUGCGCCACUGCUUCUGACGCUCUGAAGUAAUAUUUACGACUAAAGAAAACCAGGGCUGAGAUUUGGCUUCCCUCAAAACUUACUUUGGCAAAACAAAAGGGUAAUCUUAAAUGUUAUUUUGCGUAAGACAUUAUUGCUCCAGGGACGGCUGGAGGCCAAGACACUUAGACAAUCUUUCCAUUUAACAAACAUAAGAAGGGUGAAGAAAGGCAGACAAAUUAUUACACUAGAAGCUCAGAGUUAUUGCUCUCUUGAAGAAAUCAUGUUUCAGAAAUUAGUGUGUUUCCUUGUUUGUGCUAAAUGUCAUCCUAACUUGAUUUUGGUCUAUCAAGUAUGUUUUCUUUUCUAUGAGUCACCCACAUUUGUUUCUUUCUCUCUCAUCGUGUACGAACUCCCCUCUCUACCUUUCCUCCCUCUUUCUGAUCACGCUCCCUGGGAACACUGCAGCAGUCAAAUCUGGAUUUUACAUCCUCACUUGAUUCUGUGUUUUUCUCUGUUCGUCCCUCUCUGUUUUAUUACCCUGCUGUAUACAGGCCUCAGUCUGGUGGUGGGGCUGGUGCUCUACAUCUCCAGUAUUAACGAUGAAGUGAUGAACCGACCCAGAGAGCCCGAGCAGUUCUUCAACUACCACUACGGCUGGUCCUUCGCCUUUGCUGCCUCCUCCUUCUUGCUCAAAGAGGUCAGUCUGAGGGACAUCUGAAGGUUGUUCGUGCGUUCAUGAUUAUUCAAAAUAUCGAUGUGUUUUCAUGUCUAUAGCUCGAGUGUUUUUUCCCCUCAUGUUUUACAUGCUGAGUGUGCAAGCAAGCCCUGUAAUUAUGCAAUAGACUGAGGUAUCAGUGGCUGUGAUGCAGAACUGCAGGGUGUGUGCGUGUUAGUGUAUGCGCCCAUGCGUGCUGCAGUAUCAUGUGAAUCCUCCACUCAUCUCCCCCUCCUCCCUCCAUGGCUCCUUCUGCCUCUUUCCCCUCAUCAGCAGCUCUGCUCUUAAUGUGGUGCAGUGGGCAGUUCAGUGUUAACUCCCCCUCCUCUUUACUCUCCUUGUCUCCCUCUUUGCCUUUUCUUUUCCUUUUAAUCUUUUUCAUAUGAGCUUCAAAGAAUUCAUUACUUUCUUCUUUCUUAAUCCUCACUGAUCAAAAGCACCUACUUACACCUCUCCACCUUGUACUUUCUUUUAAACACUUCUGGCUUAUCAGUCUUUUUUUGUCUGAUUUCCCCUGCCAUCACUUGGAUCUUUUUUUUCAAAUAUUUGUUUCACUUUUUGACGCAUCUUAUCUCCACUGCAUCUUUUCCCUUUCUAUCUCAGGGGGCCGGUGUGUUGUCAGUCUAUCUGUUCAUGAAGCGCUAUGCUGAGGAGGAGAUGUACCGCCCCCACCCUGCACUCUACCGCCCCCGCCUGUCAGAGAGCAGCGACUACAGCGGCCAGUUCCUCCACCCAGAAUCCUCUUGGCCCCCGCCGAAGCGAGGUCGCAGCACCUCAGAAGCCUCCAGCGACAUCUCCAUUCAGCUCAACCAAGCGCCGCCAGCUCCACCCAAAAGCAACCUCCAGAAGGGCGGCCAGGGCAGCCCUCCGUCCGGGUCUUCCUCCGCAGGGAGCUACCCGCAGUCCAGCGGGUACCCCUCCACCCACACCCUGCCCAGGUCGCACUCCUCACACCCACAAGGCCAGGCUCUCCCCAUGGCCAUGCCUCCAUCGCCUGUACCUCCACCUCACUAUCACGCGCACAUGCACAUGAGCGCCUCCCCCUGUUAGGAAGGGUGAGACGCGGACUCCUCAUAAUCAUGUAGUCUGUACAUUUGGAUGAUGGAUGGACUUUGAGCACAGAUCACAUGAGAUACAGAGAAAGGAGAGGAGAUCAAACAUAGGAAAAAAAUGUAGCUGCAGAUCAAUGAGAGAAGAUCGAAGAGAUUUGGAAGACACUGUGAUGGACAGAAAAUAAAAACUAAAGACAAAAGAAAAAGAGGGAUUUAACCAAUGAGAAACGGGGAAGAAAGUAUUUCCUAGAAAGACUCAAGUGGGGAGGUUGAGUGACACAGGAGAUUUAAGGGGGGAGAGUGAGGCAGGGGCGAGCGAGGUAGUGCGGUAUAAAACCAAGAUGCUGCAGUGCUGCGGGAAAUUUGUAUGCACACUGAUCACUGAAGACUGAGGAUGCACAUAGUUUUGUACAUCCAUAAUUCAUGCCAUUACAUUGACUAUGCUUCUUUUUACCAAAGGGUAAAUGGGUCAAAAUAUAUUCUUGUCUUCUCUGAAUUUCUUACAUCAUCAAUCCAGUUUCAUAACUUGCAAUGUCAAAGUAGUAUUAUUGAUAUAAAUGACUAAAUAUAAGAACACUAUAGUAAUUCUUAAGUGAGGACAUUGUCUGUGAAUGUUGUUAGACAGAGGUGGAUGAUAUUCUGUGAUAUCACUAAAGACAAUGAUGUUUUACAUAUUUGUUUUAGAGACAGAUUUUUAUCUAUUCCUGUACAUAAAGCUGCACAUGAGGACUUGUGUAUAUCUGUUGUAUAUUAUGAAUGAAGCUCUGGCACAAGUCACAUCAAUAAACCGACUUAUUCUGCUUUUGACAAAAAAAUCUGCAGCAAGCAAACUACAACAAACGAUAACACUACCCUGGAUGCAGCUGCACACCGGUUUAGAGGGGGGACCAGCCGAUACUGAUGUAGGGGUCUGAUGCCCCCUACUGGCCACUGAUCUGCACUGACCCGCGACGAGGCCUGACCUGCACUUUGCUGGUUGAUGGUGCAGCACAGAUGAGCAGAGAAAAGGGAAUGAUGGUGAAUUUCAAGAGGUUGGAGGAUGUUAGAUUUGAAGACUGGCUCAAGUUGUAUUUUUCAGGGAUGGGGGUGUUUUGGGAUCUGGAAACAGUAAUAAAUGCAAACAUUACAUUUGCACUUGGAGCUCAAAGUUCAUCACCCCAUCUGUGAAGGUCAGGCCCCCAGUUUAACAGCCAACAAAGCUGCUUCAUUCUCAUGUUAGGUGCAACACACAGGAGUUUCUCAAGUAUCUGGAGUAUCUGAAUAAUGAUGGUCUUGUGCAAAAUCGUGUUCAGCUCCCCUGUUUUUCAGGCUGCAAUUGUAUCCCACUGAGCAAUAGGCGGCUAUUAGACACCUAGAGGUUUUUUUUUUAGACCUAAUUUCAACCAUCUAGAUUCUGUAUAUUUUAGACAGAAUUUAGACGUUGCACUUUAAGCUAUUAUUCCAUAACUAUUUAUUUAAAAAAGCAACUGUGAGUCGCAUAAUUGAACUCCAAGUACUUCACCAAAAUAAAUAUGAUAGCCGUUGAGCUAUAUUCAGUGUGGCAUGGAUAUAGCCCAGAUUUAGACUUGGUCUAAACUUGGUCUAAAUUUAGAUGUCUAAAAAACUUUAAUUUUUUGACCUGUGGUAGCCUGAUUUUAGACCAGUCAUCUAGACUACAUUUAGACGUCUAUUAGACCUCUUUCAGACCAAAAAAUGCUCAGUGGGAUGUGUCUGCAUUUCCUUUUUAUCCUCCUUUAAUUUUUCAUGUUUAACAUGUUUGGAAAUAUUUUCACGCCAAAUAUUACGUCACAUGCCUCAAGAUGAGGUAUUCAAAAUCUGUAAGAACUGUGACAAGGUAUUCAGCAGUUUUAACAUAAGUCCCAAAGAAAGGCAUCAAAUCGACAAACUCGAGCUGGAGCCGAAAAAUGACCAAUUUACCAAAAAAGUGGUAAAUAGUGCAGAUUAAUUUAAGCCUUUUAUUCCUUAUUUGUCACAAUUUCAAUCUGGAUGUGUUAUCCUUUUCUGUAAUCUGUCAUACAGUAAAAGGUUCAAUCUGCAAUAGUAUCUGAAAUGAGAAAGUCUUUAAUUCUAGUAAAUGCUGCAGCAGGUAUCAGGUGGAUCAAAAUAGCACCUCUCCCAAACAAAUAAUGUAGCAGUUUGCAUAUUUCAGGAUAUUUGAGCUGACUUUCAUGCACCUUACGCAAUAAUAACAUUUUCAGAUGCUCCAGAAACUGAAGAUCCCCCUGUGAAAGUACUCUGAAGUACUGUUAAGUUACUGAAAGUUGCAGAAUAGCGCUCUUGCCAAGCCAACACCAAACAUCCGUCAUGUCAACUUACAUUUCUGUUGUUGUUUUUGUAUGUAUUAAAAGCACAUCAUGCUCAGAGAUAUGUCAGUGUGAUAUAUCACUGAAAUUAGUUCUAAACCACAAAGCCAUUGUACAAUAGCUGGUUUUCAUUAUCACUGUGAUGCUGGAGAGAAGUAAACACACUAAUGUGGGAUGAAACUCAUGGAGACUUACAGGGUGAAUUUAGCGUGAUGUCGUGCAGAUAUCAUUUUUUCAGGCAGGGUUUUUGUCGAGCAAGCAUGUCUUGUGUUGUUUGAUGUUUUUGUUUAUGCACUCAUAUUUAAGGUGAGGCCCAGUGUAGCUGCAGCCUUCAUUUCGGGCUCUGCAGUUACAUUUAGGGGGAUAAGUGCCUUGCUCAACGGCACCUCGACAGUGGCUGUUGAAGAAGAAUCCCCAAACUGAUGAUUAUCAAUCUGCUUCCAUCUCUGUAACUUUAAAGACUUCUGCUGACUCUUUCUCCACCAGCUUAAAUCUUUCACUUUGUUUCUUCUCUGCAUUUCCAAAAAUCAUUUGGUGCCUCUAAAACUGCAGUAAUCUUUUUUUCCCCUUUCUCUUUCCCUGUACCUCUUCUUUUUCCUCGCUACCCUCAGCGUCACUCCUUUGUCUGUACAUGAUUAUAUAAAAGGUUGUAGCUGCGCUUGUUUCUGCAUAAAAAAUUGACUCUUGCACAUGAUCCCCAGCAACACCUUUGUAAAAAAAAAAAAAGCAAAACAAAUGCUUUUUCAAUGCUUCAAUGGAACUGAUGCAGUGUAUAAUCUUGAGUUAAAUAAUCAAAUAGCGAUUGUGAUAAGAUCACUGUUCUGGAAAGUGCUGAUACUUGUGUCGCACUUUCCUCUGAAAAUAAAUAAAACUUUUCAACAUGCCAUAUUUCACCUUGUUUGCCCUUACCUUGUACUCAGUUUACAUCAGCUUACUUUUGGAGCUCCUAUUUCAUUUGUGUUUAAUAUUGUGAGUUUUCUUAUGAGGAGAUUUGCGUCGUAAGGCCAGAAUUGGAAAAUAAUCCCUCCUUUUUGACUUGUGAUACUGCUGUUUUCUGGCUGGAACAUAAUAAGUGGAUGCACACACUGCACUGCGGUGAACCACUGGGUGUUAACCAGCUCCCUCCUCAGUCACAGAGAGCCACCACAGCCUGAGGCCAAGCAUUGAUCAGAGUGUAUACGUGUCUAUGCAUUUGUGUGUAUGACUGCUUUUGUUGUCACAGAAAUCAAGCCUCGUACUCUAAAACAGCACAAGAACAAUGAGGCUAUUUUGUCUUGUAAAGUUUCUAAAUUUGAUGUCUACUUUUUUGUCAAAAAAAAGAAUAAAGAGCAGGUGACCAGGUAAGAUUGUAAGCUAAAUGAAACCUGAAUCAAAGCUUUACUAAUCACUGUGAUUACCAUGAGAGGUGUUAAUCACAACCAAACAAAACCUCAAAUCAAACAGACAAAGAUAUAAAUAGUCAGCAAUGAUACGUGUGUGUAUGUGUGUGUGUGUCUGUUGGUGAGAGUUGUGAGAGAGAGAGAGAGAGAGAGAGAGGUGUUUCAUCCGGAAAUCAAACAUCCACAGGUCAAUAACAAUAAAAAGCAAAAGCCUGAGCUCUCUGCUGUCUUACAUCCAGGACUGAGGUGUGUGUGUGUGUGUGUGUGUGUGUGUGUGUGCCUCUCCUGAUGAAUGAAACCCGACUGCUUCAAUAGAGUAAACAGUUAAGAUUAAACUGAGACUUGUGGUUGUUCUGUGGACACUUUCCUUGCUUUUAACUUGUGUUUGUGUGUGUGCCUGUGCGUGUGUGUAUGUGUUUGCCUCUGCUUCCUCCUUUUGUUUGUACGCAGUGUAUGUGUGUAUUUGACUCUUGAUAUGUGUGUAUGUCAGUGUGGGUUGAGUGGAUCUCUCUUUUCACCAUCACCAUUACUGCAUGAAAGACCUGUCACUCUGUAUUAGCUCUGUGCAGCUCUCCCUCACCCUGCUCUGUGUGUGUGAGUGAGUGAGUGAGAGAGAGAGAGAGAGAGAGAGAGAGAGAGAGAGAGAGAGAGAGAGAGAGAGAGAGAGAGAGGUGAAAUGGGCAGUAAAGCCACUUUUAAAGCUAUUGAAGGUCAUUGUCUGCUUAGUUUUGUGCAACCUGACUGCUGUGUACCACCAGCAGCUCCUAGCUCCAUUUUUAUAGAUCUGAUGACGUCAUUCGGUCCAUAUAACACACGCUCAUCUAUAAAGUUAUCGCGAUAAAUAAAUAAGGCAAUUAUGGUCAAUUAGCACAAUUAUUCCUCAAUCUCCCUCAAUGAAGACACAUAAAUAUUGACCUGUGGAUAUCUGACUCCGUGAUUUAACCCCCCCCCCCCCCCCGCUCUCUCUCUCUCUCUCUCUCUCUCUCUCUCUCUCUCUCUCUCUCUCUGCAGGGCUGCGCUUGUGCUGCAUUUCCCAGAACUACCAGCGCGGCCAUCAUCAUCAUCAUCAUC